AAAACAAAAAUACAACAAUACCUACAACUUCUCAAUCUUUUCUUCGAAGCCGCGUUUUCAUUGGACCCAUCUAUAUAUACACUAAACCCACCAAAUCACUCACCAUCAUCAUUCAAACACUCUCACUAUCCAAAUAUCUCUAACCCAACAGAAACAAAAAUACAACAGAUUUUUCAUAUUUUCACUACUGAAGAAUAUAAUGGCAAGAAAAAACCAGAGUGGUGUAGGACGCAGAGCAUGGAACCUGCUUCGUUUAACAUUGUUAUGGGCAAGAAAAGGUGGCAUUUUCAAGAGACGUUUGAUGGCUGAAUUGCCUAAGUUUCUCAAAAGCUUAGGCCACACUACUUCUAUGACUACACCUCGCAGCCUUUAUCAUCGGCAGCUCUCCUUCGACAAGACUCCGAUAAUUCACCGGCCUUCCUCCGGCUCCAUGAGAUUCAAAAUUCCGUGCAUUACACGUCAAGUUGACUUUGAUUAUGAUUUUGAUGAAGUCAGUCGUGAAGAUGAUGAUGGGUUUAUGCAUUUUGAUAAUGAGGAGAUGGGAGAAGGUGGUGAUGGGUGCGAUGAUCAGGAGAGAAUUUCUGAGGAUGAGAAAGGAAUUGAUUUGAGAGCUGAUGAGUUUAUUGCUAAUUUCUAUCGGCAAAUGAAGCUUCAAAGACAAAUUUCUUAUUUGCAAUAUUACAAUGACACGCCUAAGAGAAGCAUUAGUUGAUCAUUUAAAUUUAUCAUGUCUUUUGAGAAUUUGCGUUCUUCUUUUCUCUGAGUUUCUUUCUUGUUACGGGAAUUUUGUAAAAUAUGCAUUUGCGGCAUUUUGUAAAUUAAUACCAGCAUGAGUUUAAUAAAAUCUUAUAUUUUUUGU